AUGGAGCGAGCAAGAGUUACAGUCAUCAUACUUGUGUGUGUUUUGUUCUGUGAACAGCAGAGAGUCUUUGGGGCAGAAGUGGACAUGAGAGUUAAAGCAGGAGACAGCAUCACUCUCUACUCUGACUGUGUCAUGCCAUCAGGAUCAAUCAUUGUUUGGUUGAGAAACUGCUCACAUGAGCAUCAACCAUCUUUGUUCAUAGAUUCUUCUGAAAUAUUCAAGGAGAAGUUUCCACGUUUUAGUUUUGUGCUCAACAGCUCCAGAAACUCUUAUGAUCUACAUAUUACAAACGUCAGUGUCUCUGAUGAGGGAAUGUACUACUGUGCGAAAACAGAAAAAAAAAUAAGUAAAGAUGUAAACGGCAUCAUAAAUGUUAAAUUUGAAUACAAAUAUGGAAACAAGACAACUCGUCUAUCUGUCUUGGAGGCAGUAUCUACGCAUGAAUCCACCACCAUUGCCACACCUCCUGUAUCUGACUGUGUGCUCUGCUGGACGCUGCUGUUCAGUGUGUGUCCAGUGUGUGUUCUCCUCUCUUCACUCCUGUCCUCCAUCUGUGUGUUCUGCUUUUGUCGUCCUGACCUGAGUGCUGAGAUACUCAAAGCAAAUGUUUUUAAGGCUGAUCCUCUGGAGAAUCAUCAGUGUGAGAUGAGUAAGACUGGAAAGAUCUGUCUCUACACUGAAGUCUCUUAUAGACUCCUGACAUCUGCACAUCCCUAUGCCAAGAUGUGAUUCUGUCUCCUCAUUUCAAAUAUAUAUGUUGUUGCUAGUCUAUUAG